UCAUCCGAUUCUUAGCACUAUAACUAUUUUUUUUCAUGAUAUUUGGAAGUAUUUACGGCUGAACUACAAUGUAAUAACGAAAAGAUACAUAACUACACCUGUAAAUGAAUUCAUUCAUUGAAUUAAAUUAAAUUCUUUCUCGUGAAUGAUGACAGCGUAUAAUUUUACUUCACGUAAACAGCUGAAAAAUCUACUGAAUGAUGUGGAAGGUGUUCAGAAACAUGAUAUUCAUUCAUAUGCAGGAGGUCACUUGAAUGAAGCUUUUUUGUAUAAACCACCCUCAUCAUGGGCAAGUAGCAAGUGGACUGCUGGGAAGGGUAAGAGAAUAUCACUUGUUGAAAAAAGCACAAUCCCAGUUGCUAAUGUAAGAAAAUCUACCCAGAGAGAGGCCAAAAUGAAGGAGACAUUGUAUGACUUCAGUGUGGGAACGACAGGUAGUUUACCCCUAUAUCCCAGUGAGAUAAACAUGGCUUCACAAAUACGAUACAAAAAUGUGAAGACCCCAGUUAGUACGAUUGGGACCACUAUAGGAACCACAGAUGACCGUCCUGAGUCCACAAAGAGGAAUCCAAGUGCCGCAUCUAAGAAGUCUAUUUACACAGAACUCCAAGAUGGUGUUUUAGUGGAAGAGCUCAAAGCUGAGGAAGUAAUGUUGCCUGGGAACAGUCGGCGAUCAAAAAGGCUACCCCCUAUGGAAGAAGAAAAUGAAGAAUAUGAUGUUAUGGAAAACAUUCAGAAAAGUCUUCAGAUGGACAACUUGUUAACCUUCAGACACCAGUUUUUGCCCACUCAUCAUAUUGGGGUUACCAAAAGGGAUCAAUAUGAAAAACUAAAAUCAAUGGAAGAUCAAGUCAUUGGAUUAAAAGAUGCAUCUGAACAGCAUGUACUAUCUGGUGUGAAAGCUGUGAAACACUUAGAAAAAAGGCUACAGGAGGAGCUUGAGACACUUGACUUCAUUGAUGAUCACAGACCCAACUUUCACAAACUCCAAGUUUAUAGUAAUGUUUUAGAGGAUUUAAUAGAAGAGAGUCCAACAUUUUCAUAUAUACUAAGGGAUAUAAAGACUGAAUAUGACAAUUAUAUCUCCAAACUCCUUGACCAACAGUCCCCAGAUCACACCAAGAAACUCCGAACACAGGUAGAGCUGAUGGUGUUCCGUGGGACCUCACGCCCCAAAGAGCUGGAGGAAGCUGAAAACAAAGUGGUGAAGUUAGAAGAUAAAGCCAAGUCCUUGUUAGAAAAUAAUGAGAGGUUAAGAAAAGCCUUACUGGAGGAGGAGGAACUGUUAGCUCGGGAGCCAAGUGAGCCAGAACCAAGAAUACAACUAGCCAGUGCUUACCAUGAAGAACCCACAGCUGAACUUGCAGAUGAAAUAGAACAUGUUAAAGCACUAAUCCUCGAAAAGUUGGAUGACCUGAAUGCACUCCGCACAAAGUUACGAGAAGAGUAUGUCCCCCUGACUGUGUGCACUCAUUUGGAACAAUGUAUUAAAGAAACUGAGGUAGAGGUUCAGAAGCUGCUAAAACAGAAUGAAUACCUGGAGAGGAGUAUAUCAGAAAUGGAGACAGAUUUACGGGAGGCUAUUCAGGAUGCCGACACCAGUGAAAGAGACGCUAGGCGCAUAUGGAGGAAAGUGAACUCUCGGAAAGGUCUGCCGCACAUGCCCAAUGAAAAGAACGGAACAACAGAAAGUGAUGAUGACGAUGAUGAUGAAAGCAAGUGGAACUGGUACAUUUCAUAAUACAGAACUUUGUCACAGAAUUCAUCUAUCUAAGUGGUGUCACAAACUGCAGAAAGUCUAGUCGGAAUAAAUGUUUAAUAGAUUUUUAAUCUGUUCAUGUUAAAGAUGCUUAAUACAUGUAAAUGUAGCAGUACAACUUCCAGAACUGUCUCCACAGCAUUAUAACACCAGUUGUCAAAACCAAGUGACCUUUUAAGUAUGUUUUACUUCAUACUGCUGAAUGCAAUUAUUUUAUAUAGAUACUUUAAAUGUGAUAUAUUUCUGUAAUUAUUUUGUUUGUUAUUGUACUGUUUAUAUUGAACUGUUGAUUGAUUGAAGAUGAAUAAUUUAU